AUGAAACCUCUUAUUCAAGUGGAAGAGGGCAUGGUAAAGAUAACUGGCACUGUUAUUCUUGGUUUGGUCCUUGCCAUAGCCUUGUUAUUAUUUGGGCUCUUCUUCCCAGCGUUACGGCAGCGAUGGAGACUCCAUGCACACCGCUCGAAACUCCCCUCAGGACCCAAGAUAAAUCAAAUCGGUAUUCGCAAGCCCUGGCUCAGCUUCCAAGAACUGAGCAAUGAGGACGGCGAUGUUGUCUACCUCCAGCUUCUUUCUCGUGGCACGCGAGGUCUGGUGGCUCUCUACUCGUCUUUCUGGAGGCAUCGGCGUAAAGCCUUACACUACGGCUUCAUGCAGCGCCAGAGCGAAUCCUUUCGGCCGAUCCAGAACCUUGAGUCCAAGGACGAUCGAACGCAUCUUGAGCAUUAUGCUACUUCAAUGAUCGUGACGGCAACGUAUGGACGAAGCAUCCUAGGCAAGUUUGCCGUCGAGCAAUAUUCGGCUCUCGAAUACGUGCCUAGUAUCCUUGCGCUCUGGAAGGCCGAAGUGUUGACACAACAGCAAAAGGAUGCCGACAUAUAUCUCAAACUAUUGAGUGAAAUCAAAGACAAGAUAAAACGAGGUGUAGCAGCAGACUGUUCCACUACAUACUUGAUCAACGAGCAGAAGAACCUUGACAUGAAUGACCUUGGGCUGGCAUACGCCGCCGGUCCCCCUUUCGGUGCUGGAGUUGAGAGACUUCAUUCCCAACCACAGGCUGAGCUGGAUAAAGUUAACGGCAGUGAUCGGCUACCGACUUUUGAGGAUAUGGCGUCGUUCCCGUAUGUUGCUGCCAUCAUCCCGGAAAGGCUGCGAUGGAGACCCAUUGCUGUGUCUGGCGGUACACCUCAUGCUAGUAUUGCGGAUGAUACAUAUAGGGAAAUUUUUAUACCAAAGGGGAGCACGAAUGACUUCCAUGACCCUCACGGGCUCUCGCCUGAACGUUCUCUCGAGCACCGCAAAUAUCCGGGUCUGACUGGCCACAGCGCCUUCGGAUGGGGUCGUCCUCGCUCACCUAAGCACCAGAACCUCACUGAGUGGGAGUUUGAAGAUUCAUUGCAGCACUUGAAAAUAUAUGCGGCCGAACAUAAUGAGUGA